AUGCCAAUCCCUCGGCCACUUGCGCCCCUCUCGCUCCUCUUCCUCGCACUCCUCGCAUUCGCCCAACUCGCAUCCGCCUCGUUCGCCUCGAAGAAGGCUGCGCAGGAUAAGAAUGGACAGGAGGUCACGUAUGCUGGACAGCGGAUCGUGCCCGGAGCUUUCUUGAUCGAGGUUGGAGGAGGAGGACUGGGUAAGAGGGCGGGAGGAGCUGCUGAUCUCACCCAAGUCCUCACGCACCUCGCCUCGCCUCCUACAUCCGGCAAACCCUUCUCCCUCCCAGCUUUCUCGACCUCCCGCACUCUCUCCGCCCGCCCCUCCGUCUUCAACGGCGCCGUCGUCAAAGUCACCGACUCUACCGUCCUCGACGCACUCCAAGCCGGCAGCGAGUCGACGGUCAAGCAAGUUCUCGAGGGACUCGCCGGCGUCGAUGGCAUCCAACGCGCUUGGCCGCUUCGCCUCAUUCCCCGUCCUGGUCCCGUCACGCGCAAGGAUGACGGCGGAGGAGUCUCGAAGGGCUCGGCACUCACAGCCUCGACUCUCGCUUCAACACUCGCCAAACGCGACGGAGUCUCGAUCCCUCCCGCGUCCGCUUACGCCAACGACAACUUCGACCCGCACGUCAUGACCGGCGUCGACAAGCUUCACAACCAAGGCGUUAUCGGCUCAGACUCGAUCAAAGUUGGAAUCGUCGACACGGGCGUCGACUACCUCAAUCCCAUCCUCGGAGGCUGCUUUGGCUCAGGCUGCCACAUCUCGUUCGGUUCGGAUCUGACGACUAGUCCGCCUGGUCCGACGCCUUACACCAACUGCACCGAGCACGGAACACACGUGACGGGCAUCGUUGGCGCGCUUGCGAACUCGAAGGGCUUCAGCGGAGUGGCGCCGGGCGUCCAGCUCGGCCACUACCGCGUGUUCGGCUGCGACGAGAGCACUACCGAGGACUUGGUCGUUGCCGGUAUCCUCGCCGCGGCCAACGACGGCGUCAACAUUGUCACCGCCUCGAUCGGCGGUCCCGCCGGCUGGCUCGGCGCUUCUCCCUCCCAGAUCGCCGUCGAGCGCCUCACGACGCAAGAAAACAUCGUCGCAACCAUCUCUGCCGGCAACGACCGCAAAGAAGGACCUUUCUUUGCUGGAUCGCCGGCAUCGACAGUCGGCGGUAUGAGUAUCGGCAGCGUCGACGUCGAGCAGCUUCCCGCUUACCCGGCGUCAGUCAUCCCCUUCGGCAACCUCCCUUAUCUCUCCGCCGCACCACUCGACUUGACCGGUAUUCCGGCGCAGAAAAACGGCUAUCGCGUCUACUUCACGAGCACGAACUCGAACGUCACGAACGAUGCGUGCAAUCCGCUGCCGGCUAGCACACCCGACUUGAGCGGGAUGGUCACCGUCGUCCGCCGAGGCACCUGCACUUUCGUCGAGAAGAUGACAAACGUCGCUGCCAAGGGAGGCAAGGUCGCCCUGAUCUACAACUCGCCUAACACGAACAACAUGAUCCCCUACCUGACGACCGACAGCACUGGUCUCGCUGCGGUCGCAUCUUUGCGCUACGAGGAGGGCGUGCAGCUGCUGAGUUGGUACAAGUCGCGCCCUCGCGGGCUGUAUAUGACCUUCCCGAGCGACGUUGCUGCGGUUGGCGUCCCCGACACAAUCGCUGGCGGACUCAUGUCCUACUUCUCCAACUUCGGCCCGACCUUCGAGCUCUUCGGCCAGCCUUCGCUUUCCGGCCCGGGCGGCAACAUCCUCUCGACCUUCCCGCUCGACAUGGGCGGCGUUGGCGUCAUCUCCGGCACGAGCAUGUCGUGCCCCUUCGUCGCUGGCGCCUCCGCCCUGCUCCUCUCGCAGCGCAUGGCGGACAACCUCAGCCCGGCGGACGUUCGCGCCUUGCUUUCCUCGACGGCUAGCAAGCGCGAGACAACGAUCAACGGCACGACAUUCGAGACGGUCCUCCUCCAAGGCGGCGGCCUCGUCCAAGUCGACAAGGCCAUCUCGACUCGCACGAUUGUCUCGCCUUUCGAGCUGAUGCUCAACGACACAGCGUUCCCUGCGCACACUCAGAAGAUCACGCUUCGCAACACGAACCCGUUCCCGAUGCAGUACAGCGUCACGACCUCGUCGGCUCAGGCGUACGGAACCUACGACAACGGCGCCUCGACCGACAUCCUCAUCUCGACAAACCCGAAGCCAGUCUACCCGCAAUCGGGCGUGGCGGCCUUCUCGACGCAGCGACUCAGGCUGCAGGCCGGCCAGAGCUACUCGUUCGAGGUCACGAUCCCUCAGCCUCGUUACAACGCCAUCGACACCGCUCGCUUCCCGCUGUACUCCGGCUACAUCGACAUCAGCGGGAUCAGCGCCGACCGCAAGCACACGGAGGAGCUGCACAUCCCGUACUUUGGGGUAGCAGCUGCGAUGAGCGACAUGCCCGUCCUCGACUCGACGGCCACGAUCUACGGUGACGUCGCCUACCCAUUUAUCGCGACGCCGGACAACAGCAUCUUCGACGCACCUGGCUCGCUCAGCAGUUCCGGCGGGUUCGACCUCUACGUCCGCCUUGCUGCCGGCACCCGCUUCAUCUCCUACGACCUCAUCCUCUCCUCCAACGCCCCGAACACGACCAUCCCUACCGAGCGCCUCACUUCAUCCGGCGGUGCCCGCAUGCGUCGCCACCUUCGCCGCUCAGACGCUCACCUCCCCUCCAUUGAGCGCUCUGUUCGUCUCGACUCCCGCUCCCUCUCUUCCUCGGAGUCGCUCGCUUCCCUCUCGCGCCGCGACAUGCCCUCAGCCUUCUCUGAUGUUCCCGUCGUCGGCAACAUCGGCACCAUGACGCUGCUCCCUCGCGACUACCUCGUCGACGAUUCGUCUUCCGGCUACACCGAGACUAUCAUUACCUGGGUCCCGCAGGCCGCCGGCUUCCAGACGCAGGCGAACACGCAGUACCGCGUCCUUCUUCGCGCUCUCAAAAUCACUGCCGACCCGUCCCUCGAAUCCUCCUACGAGUCGUGGGUUUCCUACCCCUUCACGCUCACGCCCUGA